CGGGAGAGAAAAGAAAGCGCGAGCGCUACCUUUAUCCUGCUCGCUCACCGAUUUGAGUUCACAAGCGCAGGUGCUCAUUUUUCUUACUCAAUAAAAUGUCUGUCGACUCGGAAGUCGCUGCCUCCAUCCUGAGCCCCCUUUCGGCCCGCUGUUUGUUAGCGUGCGGCUUGCAGUUGGCAGUGGCGUACGUGUUGGCGCAGAGGUUGGGUGCUCGCUGCUCAUCUACUGAUAGAUGGGUCCUGGUUUGGCUCUGCUACGAUGCCAUUGUGCAUUUUACGUUGGAAGGUCCAUUUGUCUACAUGUCUCUUGUAGGCACUGUGGCAACAUCUGACAACAUGUUGGCUGAAUUGUGGAAAGAGUAUGGAAAGGCAGACAAAAGAUGGCUCUAUUCAGACCCAACAAUAGUAUCCAUUGAACUUCUUACAGUGAUAUUCGUUGGCCUCCUAGCUGUCAUACUAAUUUAUUCCAUCCUCAAGAAUACAUUCUACAGGCACUUCCUUCAGAUUGCCCUGUGUGUCUGUGAGCUCUAUGGAGGCUGGAUGACCUUCUGUCCAGAAUGGUUGAUGGGAAGCCCCAGUUUGGACACUAGUAACUGGUUAUACUUUUGGAUCUACUUAGUGUUCUUCAAUGGCCUCUGGAUAAUUAUUCCUGUAGUGUUGCUUUUACAGUCCUGGUUUUGGUUUCAGGAUACUUAUUACCUACAAAAAAGACCUGGAAAAAAAUUUACAUAAAACUUCUACGUCACAUUUUAAAAUUACACAACACUCUUCACCAAGCCCACAUCACAAGAAGCUUUAAAAAGCAAAAAAGUGUGCAAUUCAAGACAAAUGUAAAGUACAACGGAGGGAUAUACAAAAGGAGAAGACUAAGUAUAACUCAGUAUUCCAAACAACAACCCUGAAACCUCUAAGCGUAAGUUAAGCCUUCAUUCCUAACUCCUCUACUGACUGCAGACCUGAACCUCCUCCCAGUUUCGCAUAUAAGUUCAGGGGUUUGUCAAGCAACAUCGAAACCAAACUAGAAAUCUUCUAGUGGCCUGGAUGUCUCUGUACAACUGACCCUUUGGCUGCACUGAAGGGCCAUGGGAAUACAGUUUUGAAGUCGAUGACUGCGCUCUGCCACCUAGUGGGGCUUAGAUGUAUGUGACCAAAGUUAGUACCAUAGUAGAAUAGGUUAUACAUUAAACAUUGCUUGCAUUAAUGCCAGGAGCAUUAAGAAUAAAAUAACAAUUGGAAUUGAAGAUAACCAGGCAUGUAAUAGGAAUAACAGAUAAUAGAGAUUACCCGGAGUAUCGUCUACAGGUACACGUUAUUUAUGAAAACCAGGCAAAACCAAAAAGGUGGGGGAGUAAUCAUUCAUGUAAAACAUAAUUUACAUGUAAAAGCAUUUCAGGUUAGAUGAUGAACCACAUGUUAAGUGAGGAUGUAUGGAUUUGACUAGAUAGCAUUCGAGAUUGAGGACUAUUAUAAAUUAGGAGUGAAUAUAAUAUAGAGUAUGGUUUUACAUCUUUUUAAUAACAUUAAAAGGCAAGUUUAGGGUAUAUUAUAGUUAUAGGGGGGCUUUAAUUACCCCAAAAUUAACUGGACUAGCUUAACAAAUAGUGCAGCACAAGAACAGGAGUUUUUAGAUGUAACAAGUGACUUUUUUUAAAACAGAUAUGUUAACGCACCAAUGAUGUUGAAAACCUUCCUGCAUUUAGUAUGCUGUAAUAAAAAGAACCAAAUGGGUAAAGGUGACUGAACCAUUAGGAUCUUAUGACCAUAAUAUAUUGAUUCCAGUGUCUUUUGGCACAGUGCAUAUUUUAAAAUAAAGAGUUUAAUUUUAUUUUAGUUGGGCAAACUUUGAGAAGAUCCAGAGUAGCUCAGUAAGAUAAACUGAGUAAUUUUUCAUAUUAUGCAGGGCAAGUUCAUCAAAAAAAUUAAAAGCAGUAAGAAAUUAAACAAAACUCAAAGGUGGAAUUGUGAUGAGGGAAACCUUUUCAGAAUUAGGUGAUGAUGAUAAAACUGGUGUGUCUCAGGCAUCAUUGCUGGAUCUGCAGCUCUUUUUUAAUAUACACAAACAGUCUGGACAAGAAUAUAAUCAGUAAGUUAAGUUUGUAGAUGAUGUCACACUAGGUGGAAGGGAAGAGAAUGUAGAAUCAGCUGAGAAACGUGGAUAGCAGAUAAGCAUGUGCAGACUUGUACUAAAUGAGGUUUAAUGUGAAUAAAUGUAAAGUAUUACAUAUAGAAAGUAAAAAUGCUGGACACAUGGUGGACUCGUCACCAUUACUGUGUUUGGUACAAAGAUCCAUAUUUCCUUGAUUUACCCCUUUGCUCCACAGUUUAAAAUUAUAAAACAAUUCAGAUAUGAUUAGUGCACAUUAUAGACUUUGAGGAUAUUUGCAUGCAUUUCAGUCGCACCAGGUAGAAAUUAGAUCACUUCUUAUACAGGGUACCCCCAUUUCAGAACACCAUAAUGUUUGGGACAAUUGGCAUCACAGGUGUUUGUGAUAUAUUCAGGUGUGUUACAUUGCUUCAUUAGUGUAGGCAUAAGAUACCUAGGCUUGCUUCUACCGAUUGACUACUUUGGGAGUUUGGAGUUGCCAUUGAAAGUCAAAGAAGACAUUAUGAGGCUGAAAAACAAGAAUAAAACCAUCUGAGUCAUUGGUAAGGACUACAUAAAGCCUCUGCCUAGAAUAUCAUUAAGAAGAAAUAAAGCACUGGUGAGCUCAGAAAUCACAAAAGGACUGAUGGGCCAAGUUAGACCUCUACUGCUGAUGACAUAAGAACCCUCGCUCUGUUAAAGAGAAAAACCCCAAACACUGAUAGAUCAGAAACAGUCUUCAGGAGGUAGAUAUGUAUGUAUGUAUGUAUGUGAGUGUGUGUGUCAGAUACUACUAUCCGCAGAAGACUUCAUGAAUAGAAAUACAGAGGCCACACUGCAAGAUGCAAACCGUUAAUUACUUAGCCAAAAAAACAGGACGGGCAGAUUACAGUUUGCAAAAAGUACUUAAAAGAGCCUGCAGAAUUCUGGAAAAAGUUCUUGCGGACAGGAGAAACAAAGAUUAACCUGUAUCAGAGUGAUGGUAGAAGCAAAGUGUUGAGACGAAAAGGAGCUGCCUAAGAUCCAAAGCAUACCACCUCAUCUGUUAAACACAGGGGCAGAGGUGCUAUGGUGUGAGCAUGUAUGGCCUGGACAGGUACUGGCACACUUCUCUUCAUUGAUGAUGUAACUGCUGACAGCAGUUGUGCAAUUAAUUCUGAGUUGUAUAGAAACCUCUGAUCUGCUCAAGCUCUUGUAAAUGCGACCAAACUCAUCACUGAGUCACACCCUGCCAGCUGUAGAUAUAUUUUUGCCAGAUAUGUAAGAUUUUCUUACACUGAGGUUGAAAUUGCAAACAUAAAAGUGGAAUUUGCAGUAAGGUCCAGUUUUCCAUAUGUAAUCAGUGUAGUCAACUGUGUGCACAUUGCUAUUACAACAGCCAGAGAUGAAUCAACAAACAAAUGAGCUGGCAUUACAUCAUCUACAGCAAGAGAGCUUAUAUAAACGGUAGCUCUGCAUAGUCCCAGGUGAACUUCCCAACUUCUGCAGCAAUAGGCAAGGAAUCCAUUUAAGGAUAGCAAGUCACCUCAAAGAACCAUGCAAAGAGCCGGGAAUCUAGCUGUUAUGGUGCUCCACACCAACACUACACUAUAAAGGCGUCUUCAGAGAAUGAAUUUGCUUGUGUAAAUAGAAAGCAUUUCCACUCUAUUAAUUUGCUGCUCUAUAGUCCACAAGACAGUGUGUUGCAUGGUGCAAGAAUAUAGCAUGCUGCAUAAUGUGGCACACAAUCAUGACUUGUCUGUGCCUGAACAAGUGCGGUAUGAUGAACCUGACCCACCAAAUGAUCAGCCAAAUCAGACAACAUUACAACUUCAUUUGAAUAUAAUUAGCAGAAUGUUAAAACAAGUAAUCAGAUGCAGUAUUUAUUUUUUAACCAAUUUGUUUAAUUUGUGGUCAACAUCACAUAGUACAGCCCUUCUCUUCCUUAGUUCACUGGUCACAUCUUAUACAGCAUCCACUAUUGCAUUUUGUAAUGCCAGAGCAGCAUCUGUCACCACACAGCCAGAUGGUCACCCAGCAUUUCCAAGGCAGAGGUGCGUGCACAGCCACUACCCGAAGAUGUGCUUGGCAUAACAGCACCAUCACCACCUGGAGCUGCAUACUUGGCAUGGGGUUCAGCUUUUGUAAUUUUGUUUGAAUCAGAAUAAACAGAUGGUGGGUUAUGACUUUUCUCAUCAA